GCGGUAGUUCAAGUUAAACUUUUCAGUGAGAUUUGGUUGCCACAGAAAUGGUUGUCACAUUUUCUAUAAAGAAUAAUUCUUAUUUUAAGAAUAAUAUAGACAAAAUUUUUAGCAUUUUUUUGUAAAUGGUGCUGAAUUUCUAACUCUUAUUAUUUAUUGUCAAAUUAGCAAAUAAGAAAUCGUCAACUCUUAAUCAUUUAUGAUUAAUGUUAAACAAAUUCUUUAUGAUAGAAUAUCCAGUGUGUCGUCCGAACUUCCGCGACGAUACGACCGUUUUUUCUUCGCAUCUUUUCUCACUGUUUGUUUGCAAAUUCACCUAGGUUUUUCUCAAACGUCUUUCACGAUUUUUCUCAGUUUGUAUCUAAGCUCGAACUCGGAAGCACAGGGUCAAGUGUUGUGUGGCAAGAUAAUGAAUACUCUCAAAUUUCUACUAUUGUACUUAAUGUUAGUGCUAUCGCGAGCGGAAUACCUAAAAUGCCCUAUUCAUCAGCAGCAUUUUGAGAAAAUUAUUGGCUGUCGACCUUCAACGCACUAUGAUAUCAACAUGAAUUUUAAUUUAAAGAAAAAUAUGAGUGUCAUCGCUGAAUCUCAGCAAUUGAACACUUUCUGUUGGUCUCAGUGCUACAAGGAUAUCAAUUGCUUUGGCUAUAUCUACUUUUUGAAGAAUAACACUUGCUUUGGGUACAGUGUUAGGAUGACUUUUGAAGAUACCUACUACAUCAAGUAUCACAAACUUUUACUUUUACCCGAUGCCAAUGCAGUGUUUUUCCAGAAAAUGUGCCUGAAAGUUCCAGGGCAUUGUCAGCCGAAGAUGUGGCCAAUUAUCAGAUAUCCAGGAGCUUUGGUUGUACCCCAAGAAUAUGAGAGAUCAGAAAAGCUCAUGAGUCGUCGAGAAUGUGUGGAGAGUUGCAUACAGGAGAAUAAAUUUGCGUGUCAUUCAGUUAUUUUUAUUCCAUCAAGUCGGAAUAAUUUCAUAAGAAGCGGCAAUCCAUCCUUGUAUGUUAACAAAGAUAUUGGACAAUGUGUUCUUAACACCAUUAAGAGCCCUUUGAUCAAUGGAACUUUGGCGGGAAAUUCUUCAUCUUCACACUUUCGCAUGGAGUAUAUUGAAAAUCUCUGCGUCGAUCAAUGGUCUCCUUCCGAUUCCGAUGAUCCAACUUCAGAGUGUUCUUUCGAAAAGUACUACAACCGAAGCUUCAUCUAUGCUGAUAGUGCCUUUGAUGAAGCUACAUUGGAGGAAUGUCAGAUGAUGUGCUUCCAGGAAGAUUCCUUUUCUUGCCGAGGAAUCUCAUACAUUUCCCGGACAAGGAAGUGCCUGUUGCAUUCUGACGACAUCGCUCUGUUUGGGGAACUCUCCCUCCGUCAUACCCAUGGAUCAGUCUACAUGAGACGUGUUGAAUGCUUAAACGUAACUGUUGCAUGCAUGGAUGACGAAAUGAUUGUACGAUAUCGUCCUAGGAGUUCCUUCAAAGGAAAACUCUACCUUAAUUCACGUUUUGGCAAUUGUUCUAUUCAGGAAAAUCGGAAUUCUUCGGUUAAUUUAAAAGUGCCAUUCGGUGAGGAGAUUCAGGAAAAUAUUUGUGGGAUUGUUAGGGCUUAUGAAAUGCGUGAUGAUGUUAACAGAACGUUGAUUUCCACGUUGAUUGUUAUUCAGAAGAAUCCCUCGAUGAGAACUUACGAUGAUCGGGUGAUUAAGAUCGGCUGUGUGAUUAACAAUAGUGAAGUUUUAGUAAGGAAUAGUAAGGAAAAGAAGGGUAAAUCAAUUGAAUCGCAAGCAGAAAGAAAAGAUGAAGUAAAGUUAUUUAGCAAUAGUGAGCUAAAGUUCGUGAAAAUUGAAUUGUUUGAUCUCGAAAAGGGGAUUAAAGUGUCUGAAGUUAAUUUAGGUCAGAGGGUACUUAUAAAGAUCUACAGUGACUCUCUGGGAGAUAGAUUUAAAUUUAGGGUCGUCAAUUUAACUGCCAUAUCAGAAUCGGGAGAAGAAAUGCUCUUGAUUGAUGAGAAGGGUUGCCCUGAAGAUCCUUCGAUUAUAACGACUUUAAGAACGUUAAAAUCGAACGGACAAUUCAUUUUAACUUCCCAAUUUAGGGCUUUUAAAUUUUUUGAUAGUCCCCGAGUGAUUUUUAAGGUCCUACUGCAAUUUUGUACGCAGAAUUGCUCCCAAAUGAUUUGUGGGGAGAUGUCAAGAAAGGAGAUAGGGGUCAAGUACUACUCUGAAAAUAAUGCAACAGAAGUCUUUGAUGACCUAUCUUCAAGCCCUACUCACAUGGAUCUGAAGUUUCCGGAAAUUUUUCACAGCUACAGGGACAAUUCCUUAAAUAAUGCAACAGUUGACGUAGAUGAUGAUAAUUUUAUUGAAUCAAGCGAGGUUCAUUAUCAAAGGAUCCUAGCAUCGUUAGAUAGCGAUGAAGAUGAUGAUCUCAGUACAUCUUCGAAAAUUUUCGAAAAAUACAACAGUUUCUAUUCCUUGGCAAUGCACGAUUUUCUAGUUUACACGGAAGAUGCAAAAUCGGAAAGUUUCGUAUUUGGGAGUGAUUCUUUGAAAGAUAAUUCAACUCAAGAUCCAAAUGUUAAUACGUUUAAACUCGAUGAUUUGGUGUGUAUCGAUACGACUUUACUGAAGAUUCUCUUUUCGUUCUUCGUUAUCUUAAUUAUUGUUAUCCUACUCGUAAGUUACUGUUGCAUACGGAGGCAUAGGAAACUAGCUGAAUACGAAAGCAAUAGUUACGGAAGUAGUUCGUUAAAUGGAAGAUUGCCAAAAUUUCUCCAAGGCCAUCGUCAUGUUAAGUGGGCGGAUGAAAAUUUCGGUUUUGUGUAUUGAAUUGUUAUUUAUUGAGUAAGAAAAUAAAAAAAAACAAUAAAACCAA